AUGACUGCCAUCCAAGCCGUUUACGAUGCUCUCAUUAUUGGCGGCGGCCCAGCUGGCAUGUCUGCUGCAUUGGCCCUAGCUCGUGUUUGUCGCAGCUCCUUGGUCUUUGACUCGGGCGAGUAUCGCAAUCAGGGUGCCAAGGCAAUGCACACAUUUCUGUCUCGAGAUGGGAUUAACCCAGAAGAUUUUCGUGCCACGGCCAGACAGCAAAUCAAGGAAAAGUAUUCGUCUCAGGUUUCCUUCAUCACCUCCAAAGUCGUACAGAUCUCCAACGUCGAGGUAUUGCCUGGAUACAAAGGCUUUCAAGCUGUCGAUGACAAGAAUCAAACAUUUUCUGGAAGGAAGCUCGUCUUUGCAACUGGCACAGAAGAUGUUUUGCCUACGAAUAUUCCGGGAUACGCGGAGAACUGGCCGUCUCACAUUUAUCAAUGCCCUUUUUGCGACGGUUACGAACAAAAAGACUAUCCCAUUGGGCUUCUUACCUUCCCAGAUCCUUCAUACGCCCACUUUGCUUUGAUGGCACGGCAGUUCAACAGAGACAUCACCAUAUACAGCAAUGGCCCAGUCCCGACCGACGAGCCGACCCAAAAGGCCCUAAAGAAAGUCUUAUCUACCGGCGUCAAGUUCGACGAACGAAGAGUGACACGUCUGGUCAACAAUGGCGAAGGACCCCAAAAUGGAAUAUCGGUGGAAUUUGAGACUGGCGAGCCAGCCAAACUUGGCAUGCUUCUUCACCGCCCACCGACCAAAAGCAGAGGCCAGGAAUUAUUCGCCCAGCUGGGAGUUGCCACGAAGCCCAAUGGCGAUGUUGUGACAGACCCAAUGAAGCUCGGCACCAAUAUACCUGGAUGUGUUGCGGCAGGCGAUACACAGGAGUCAAUUAAACAAGCCGUCAUGGCAGCAGGAAAUGGUGUUCGGGCGGCUGCGGUGAUAGCGUUUGAGCUGGCUGAUGAGGAAGGCAACCGAGCUUUGGCUGAAUUAGAGAAGCGUGAUGCAAACCUUUGA